AUGUUUCAGAUGUUGUUGGUUGGAGAGAUCGGCUCAGAACAGUCACAUUAUAAGCGGUUUUUUUAUUCUUAACCAAAAAACAUAGAAAUUACGAAAUUCUGUUUUUCCUUUUUGUUUUGUUAUUAAACAAUGAGUAAUAGUCAGAGUAAAACAGGCAAGCAAACAGAAGCUGUUAGGUGUUUGCGAACGGUAAAGCCUGUUUUACUAUUGAAUAUCACUCGUUGUAAGUUAUAUGCUUAUGUAUGUGUCAACAUUUUGUCGGAAUAGUGAUCUCUUAGUUAUUUAUAUAAAUAUACUGUAUAUUUUACUUUUGGUUCCUUGGGUGUCAGGAUAAAAAAGGGACAGGACGUUCUCUUAGACACGAGUUUUUAAGCAUGCACACCUGUCACUGUCGAGGAAAGCUUAGUUUAUGACAAUCCCAACAGGUUCUUUUAUUUUUGCUCAGAAAUGUCUGAGGUCUAAAGAUUUGCAGGUGCCUUCUAAACAUUUCUGCAUUGAUAUUUGUUUGAACAAAUAUGUCUGUGUUUGUGCGUGCGUGUGUAUGUAUAUGAAGAGUUUGGUUCCAAAAUGAGAUAAGUCAUGUUUUAUAUUAUGUUAUCAUGUUUUAAUUGUGUUAGGUAGCUGUAUUUUAGGAGUUAAAUCAAAACAAACCAACUGCAGUUCGAUUGAUAUUAAUUGGAAUGCACAGUCAUAUACACUAAAAAUGCAUUUCUUGCCAUGCACGCAACUAUAAGAACAAAAGUUCCUUCACCAUUUUUUUAGAAUCUAACAUUUUACCAGUGUAAACUAUUUAAGUUCUUCUCUCUUCUCAAAACGUGAAUCUGCUUGUGAAAUGCAUGACUUGUGAAUAAGCAAUAAACAAAGACAGCCCUUUGAAAAAACUGAACUGUCCCUUGUCUUAACAGAGAGCAGCACAUACUUGUUGUACGUGACAUGACAUCACAAGAAAUUUGAUACUGUAUUGGAGAAGCUCCCUCCCCCCUUUCAGGGAUUUUUUCCUCCCAUGUGCUUCCCACUCUUGCUUCUGCCCUACACUCUUCAGUAAGUUUACAGUGUAUUCUCUCUCUUUCUCUCUUGGGCUCUACAUAAACCUCACUACAACCGGGAUAAAAAGCAACACCGCAUCCAGGAAAAGGUCUCAGAGAAUGCUUCACCAGCGCUGCCUUUGAGAAAACAACAUUUGCCUUUUAAAAGGAUAAAAAGAAAACCCACCACUCAGCUUAACAGGACAACCUUAUUUCACUUCCUAAAAGAGAAAAAUAAAUAAAUAAAAGCACAAUGGAACUUCAGAAAUUAACAAACGGUCACCACCAAGACUUUCAACAGCUUGAAGAGGGAGAGUCAACUGAACGGGAGGAAUUUUUACCACACAAGAGUGAUGGCGGAAAACCACCUCAGUUUACAGAUUUUGAAGGAAAGACCUCAUUUGGAAUGUCUGUCUUCAACCUCAGCAAUGCCAUCAUGGGCAGUGGGAUUCUGGGACUGUCCUAUGCCAUGUCCAACACUGGUAUCGUCCUUUUCUUGAUCUUGUUAACGUCCAUUGCUGUCCUGUCAUCAUACUCUGUCCAUCUUCUGCUGAAGUGUGCAGGGGUUGUGGGGAUUCGCGCUUAUGAACAACUUGGCAAGCGCGCGUUUGGACACCCAGGAAAAAUACUGGCAGCUGUUGUCAUAACCAUACACAACAUUGGUGCAAUGUCUAGCUACCUCUUCAUUGUGAAAUAUGAGCUACCUCUGGUCAUUCAAGCUUUCCUUGGUCUUCAACAUAGCAGUGGUGAAUGGUUCCAGAACGGCAACUAUCUGAUCGUCAUUGUGUCCAUAUGUGUCAUUUUGCCACUUGCUCUGAUGAGACAACUUGGGUACCUGGGCUACACCAGUGGCUUCUCUCUGUCGUGUAUGGUCUUCUUUCUGAUUUCAGUCAUCUAUAAAAAGUUUAACAUCCCCUGUCCUUUCGACGGUUUCACAAACCACACUGCCGAAAACAUAUCUAUUGAUGGCGAAUGUGAAGCCAAAUACUUCACCAUCAACCAGCAGACGGCCUACACUGUUCCAAUUUUGGCUUUUGCUUUUGUGUGCCACCCUGAGGUGCUACCCAUCUACACUGAACUGCUCAAUCCCACAAAGAGACGCAUGCAGGCCAUUGCCAACGUGUCCAUCCUGGGGAUGUUUGUCAUGUAUCUGCUCACUGCCAUCUUUGGCUACCUCACCUUUUAUUUGAACACAGAGGCAGAACUUCUGCACACCUACAGCAAGGUGGAUCCCCUGGACAUUCUCAUUCUGUGUGUGCGUCUGGCAGUGCUGGUGGCUGUCACUUUAACUGUUCCUGUUGUUCUCUUCCCGAUUCGCAGAGCUAUUCUUCAGCUACUGUUCCCUGAUAAGCCCUUCCACUGGGUGCGUCACGUCCUCAUUGCAUUGUGUCUGCUUUUUGUUGUGAACCUGCUUGUCAUCUUCGUGCCCAAUAUUCGUGACAUCUUUGGCAUCAUUGGUGCAACCUCUGCUCCGAGCCUGAUCUUCAUCCUUCCGGGUCUGUUCUACAUCCGUAUCGUUUCCACAGAGCAGGAGCCAAUGAAUUCAAGGCCAAAGAUUCAAGCUGCUUGUUUCACCGCUCUGGGCUUCAUCUUCAUGUCCAUGAGCUUGACGUUCAUCGUGCUGGACUGGAUCUAUGGGGAGAACCGAAGUGGAGGAGGUCACUAAUCUUCAACCGCAAAACUGUAAGGGUCCGAACAGCCUGCUUAGAUGAACACCACCUCCCCUUCGCUCCUGACCAUGAGAGAAGGCCAUCACUGAUAGGCUGGACCCAUCUCACCUCAGAUGCUUUGUCCCACUCAGUUAGGAAAGAUUAGGUGGAGGAUUUCAAGGGGACGUGGCAUGUCAUGUCAUUUUGAGGCCGUUUCAGACUGUGCCUGCACACAGUCGUUUCUCCUAAAAUGCUUCUUAUUGAUAACUGAUGUUCGUGUUGUUGAUGGAAGCCAACCAAACUCUUUAAAAUUGUGUUGAACAGCAGGCAUAACAUAAGGCAGAAUCCAAAAUAAAUGAAUGGAGAGGUUAUUAUCUGAUGGAGACUAUAGGAAACAAGUUCCUCACUACACCUCUGCCCAAACUUACUAUCAUCUGUUGCCCAUAUCAAACCACAGGCAAUGGUCCCAGAGUGCAAUACCAAGGAAAUUGAAACUGCCACCUGUUUUCCUGCAACAAUUCUGGUCCACUACAAUACAAUGUGAUUCAGGAAAACUAGGAAGAUAAUUAGGAAAAGAUGCACCAUCUCAGAGUAGCUUUAAUAAAAGCUACAAGCCUGAAAUGAAUCAGUAAACUUUUAUAUCCAAUAUUCAAACUGCUGCUUAUGAAACUGAUAAAAAAUGUGUUUUAGUUGACAUAAAACUUGGUCCUAAAAUAUUGUGCGAUAUCUUCAGCAUCAUUUGUGAAUUGUUAAAACAGCUUUAUGCUCAGAUUUUGUUUGUCUGCAGGAUUUAUUUUGUUAAAUGUGAGGUACAUGGAGUUGUAGGUGGGAUAAAAUGCCAUGUGGGGAGAAAAACUCCACUUGAUGAGGUGCUUCAUUACAAUGCUGUGAUUCUCAAAGAAGUCCAGUGCAAAUACUGUGAAUUUAUGUGAUUUUUCCUAUCACAGUCUGGGGUCACAUGUAUCAUAUUUUCACUGGCUGACAUGAUCCAAUUUAUUCAUACUUUUACUGAACAUUUGAUGACAAACAAAUUAUACCCCAAAAUCAUUUUGGGGUAAAAAACUAACAACAAGAACUACUUAACUGAGAAAUAAAACCAAAGACAUUCCCUGCAGACAUUUACAAAGAGUUAAGUAUUUGUUUUUAAACUAUCAUGUAUAUUAAAAUUUGAACCAUGCAUUAAAUGCAUUAACCAUGCAUUAAAGUAAAAAAUGAAAUGGCUGUACAUGUCAUUAGAGAAAAUAACAGCUUUUUCCUCCUGAUCUUCUGUAGACAGCUCAGGCCUUUGCUAAUACUAUUACAGAAUAGCACCCCCUCAUCCCCCCCCCCCCAAUCCCAGAUUCCUUCAAUGUCUAUUUAUUCUGUUUUAUGAAAAUGCACAGUAUUUAAAUUUCUCUGUGUAGUAAAGGUGCCAAAGAUUUACAGUUCCAAUGUGAGACUCUAAAGACAGUCAGGUUGAAUAAGUUCUUUUCUACUGCUUUUACAUUUGUCCUUUGGUUUACUUGACCUUUGACUUUGUACCUGCCAUUUUCAAUAAAGAUUGUACAGUCAGUAUUAAGUAA